UACAAUUGGAUUCUUUCUUUGCUGAUUUUUAAAAUGAGAAAUAUUAAUAUAAGCACCUCUAAACAUGGGAUUGAAAAAUAUUGCCUCUAGCUUCACUUUGAUUCUCCUCUCCAAACCCCAAAUCAAAAUCUCUGCAUUCUUCUAAAGUGCCCAAAGCUAGCAGCAUUUCUGCCCUACUGCUUCUGCACUCACUGAGUGCUGGUAACUUUUCAACCAGGGUUACAUCUCUGUAGCACAGCUGGGAGUAGUGUUCGUAUUCAGCAGAGAUUCCUUCAGUCUUUCUGGACUCAGACCUCUGACUCCCCUCACUGUGCUGGAGGUGAAAGUUAUUGUGGUUCUGCAGCCAAACCCAGCAAAUUCUCCACUUGCUGUUUCUGUGGAGCUAUCCUGGAGGUAUUUGCACGUCACACUAGUUAAUCAUCAGCUUAGUCUUUGUUGUUCCAGAAGAACUCCUGUUCUGCCCAAUUUUUCUGUUUUUCACCAGUCUAUGUUUUCCCUGAGGCUCAUUUUUUUUCUACUUGUAGGGGAAAUCUGGAGAACUUCAAAUUUACUGAGCAACUGGAACACUUUUCCAGAAUCUUCCCCUUAGAACUUUACUUUUGAAAGAAUAUUUGACACCUGAGUGAAAGACCGUUUAGAGUGGAUAGAUACAAGCCAGAGAGACCAUAUACAAGACAAUAUCAGUAGUUUAGGUGAGAGAUGUGCCUGGGCUAAUGUUGUGACUGUGUGGGUGUAGAAAAGGGAACAAGAAGCUCAAAAAACAAGGUAGAAGGGAAGUUUAACAAUGGGUUGUAUAUAUAGGGUGACAGAGAGGUAAAGCUUGUAAGCCUAAUGACUAGGAAAAUGAUGGUGAACUAAAUACUAUUAAGGUAGUCCAUAAAGGAGGAGGUUUUAAAGAAAAUAUAAUAAGUCAUGUUUUGACUCAUUGAGUUUCAGAUGCCUAUGGAACAUUCAAUUUGAGAGUUCUAAGAGACAUUUGGAGAUGCAUAACUGGAUGAUGAUGUUGGUGAUGAUGAUGUUGUAGAAGAAAAUGAUUAUGAUGAUGAAUAAUUGACUUGCCUAGGAUUAGACAAUUUUUAAAGAGAUAGUUGGAGAUGCAUAAUUGGUUAACGAAGAUAUUGGUAAUGAGGAUGUUGAAGAAGAAAAUGAUGAUUAUGAGGAUGAAUAAUUGACUUGCUUAGCAUUAGAUGUCUAAGGCAGUUUUGAAACAUAGAUCUUACUCCAGAACACUAUCCAUUAUGCUACAAUGUCUCUCAAAUGAGGCAGCAAAUAUGAGAGCAUUUUGUAACUUAUAGCACUACAAAUACUUGCUCUAUGUCAGAAAGCAGCCCAAAGUCUUCUAUUCUAAAACUAAUAGAUUUUUUUCCCUUUUACAGGUAUAUUUGUAUUAUGUGCAUUGAACCUUGCCUUGAAUCUUUGACACUAGAACCCACUCUUUGGCAUCCUGUGUACUCCCUACCAGGGAUUGGUUGAUUUUUCUUUCACACAGAUGAAGAAUUAUACAAUGGUGACUGAGUUUAUUCUCUUGGGAAUCCCUCACACUGAGGGAAUGGAGAUUCAACUUUUUAUUGUUUUCAUUUUCUAUUUCUGCACCCUGCUGGGGAACCUGAUGAUUUUAUUGGCCAUUAUCUCUUCAUCUCGCCUUCAUACACCUAUGUAUUUCUUUCUGUGUAAGUUAUCUAUUUUGGACAUUUUUUUCCCUUCAGUGAAUUCACCCAAAAUGCUGUCCUAUCUGUCUGGAAAAAGUCAUGCAAUCUCAUAUGGAGGUUGUAUAUGUCAACUCUUUUUCUAUCAUUUUGUUGGCUGCACUGAAUGUUUUUUGUGUACUGUGAUGGCCUAUGACCGCUUUGUUGCCAUCUGUUUCCCUCUACGGUAUACAGUCAUCAUGAGCCCUAAGGUGUGUGUCAUAUUAGGCCUCGGGUCUUCAUUUUUUGGCUUCAUUCAGGCCACUUUCCUCACUGUCCUUACCUUCCAAUUGCCCUACUGUGGACCCAAUAAGGUGGACUAUUAUUUCUGUGAUAUCCCAGUGAUGCUGAAAUUAGCUUGUGCAGAUACCUCAGCCCUGGAGUUGGUGGGUUUUAUCAGUGUGGGACUUAUGCCUCUUAGCUGCUUCCUCCUCAUUCUUACUUCAUAUAGCCGCAUUGUUUACUCCAUCUUGAAGAUCUGCACAGCAGAGGGACGGUAUAGAGCCUUCUCCACUUGCAGUGCUCACCUUACAGCCAUUCUUCUUUUGUACAUACCUGUGGUCCUCAUUUACUUACAACCUACCCCCAAUCCUUGGCUGAAUGCCACUGUUCAGAUCCUGAAUAAUCUGGUAACUCCUAUGCUGAACCCCUUGAUCUUCAGCCUGAGGAACAAGGAAGUAAAAGCAUCCUUAAAGAAGUUGCUGCAGCAGUUUGGAUUCCUUUCUGAGAAGUGAGAGACAGAGAAAUGGUCUGUUUGCAUUUAUAAAUAUACAAAUUUAU